AUGACUUCUAUCGGUACGGGUUAUGAUCUGUCAAACUCUGUCUUCUCUCCCGAUGGCAGAAACUUCCAAGUCGAAUAUGCCGUCAAAGCUGUGGAGAAUGGAGGAACCUCGAUUGGUAUAAGAUGCAAAGAUGGCGUUGUCCUUGCUGUGGAGAAAUUGAUUACGAGCAAGCUCCUGAAGCCUGGCGCAAACAAGAGAAUAGCAACCGUUGACCGGAACAUUGGCAUCGUUUCGUCCGGCCUGGUUCCCGAUGGACGACAUUUUGUCUCAAGAGCUAGAGAUGAAGCAGCCUCUUGGAGAAAGACCUACAAAGGUCCCAUCCCAACAUCUGCUCUUGCCAAUAGAUUAGGUAGCUACGUCCAGGCCUACACUCUAUACUCCAGCGUGCGUCCGUUCGGUGUUACUUCGAUAGUUGGAGGUUGGGACUCCGAGGCAGAGCUGUCGGUAGACGGCCAAGUUGGAACAGGACCAAGUGUUGGCGCUGGUGGAAAGGCCCAAGGCGUCAAGGCCGGUGGUCCGGGACUCUAUAUGAUUGAGCCGAGCGGUCUUUACUGGGGCUAUUACGGCGCAGCGACGGGCAAAGGCCGACAGGCCGCUAAAGCAGAACUAGAGAAAUUGGAUCUUCCCUCAGGGAACCUUAGCCUCCUCGAUGGCGUCAAGGAAGCGGCUCGAAUCAUCUACGUUGCGCAUGAAGAAGAUAAAGAUUUUGAACUCGAGAUGACAUGGAUCAGUUCAGUUGACGGGCCAACCAAGGGAAGGCAUGAAGAAGUCCCCCGCGAGUUGCUCGAGGAGGCCGAGCGAGCAGCCAAAGCGGCGCUAGAAGGGGAAGAUGAAGACGAAGAGGAGGGUCCGAAGGAGGGCGAGCAAAUGGAAGAAUAA